AUUUAGUUGAUUAUUAAGCGUAUUUAUAAACUCUUCGAAUAUUUCAAACCAUCAGUGUCCGUCUUAUCAAAACAUAGUGCGUUCUUCCGCUUCAGAUAACCAGUUCCAGUAUUUAUUGUUUUUGCUCAACCAGAAGACUGAAAAUUUUGUUUUUAAAGCGUAAUAAUUGGGCAGGAUGAGAGUUACGAUGAGGAAGGAAAUAUGGAUGCUACUAAUACUGACGCUAGCGGAAAGAACAGUACCGACCUCUGUAUCAUCAGGUGACUUAUCGAAAUGUUCAUAUGGAGAAAGAGGGUCAUUGACUUCGACUUGCGUCAACGCCUAUCCAGCCUAUUUUAGAAGUACCCCGUAUCGGUUCGAUCAGUUGGACGAAACUGUCAAAUGUGUAAACUGUACCUUGACUGUCAUCGAUUCCGGAACUUUUGAUAUAUCUGGAAACCAGAUAAAGAACCUCUGGUUAAAUAGUAGCAAAAUUGAAAAGAUAAAUCCUAAAGGAUUUGUUGGGUUGAUAUUUUUAGAGCGGCUUAUCAUUAGCUACAACAGUAUUAAAUCAAUUUAUCCAGGAACUUUUACUGGAGUUAAGAAAAUAAAAAACAUCGAUCUAUCUCACAAUCAGCUAGAAAUAUUGUCCGAGGAUGGAUUCCUGGAACUCGUUAAUCUUGAAGAGUUGAAUAUGGAAUCUAACAACAUACAAACCAUUGCUCAGAAAGCGUUUAAUGGACUUACUAAUAUUAAGAUCCUCAAUCUUAAAAAUAACAGAAUAUCGGAUGUGAAAGGUGUUUUUACCAAUAUGACAUCUUUGAGUAUUCUUAACUUAGAGAACAACCACAUACAAACAUUGGGUGGUGAUGAGUUUCUUAACCUAACAGGCCUAUUAGAGUUGAAUUUAGCUCACAAUAAUCUUAGAAGUCCUGUGAUUGAAUUAAAAUCAAACAACCUUUUAAAGAACCUUUAUUUGCAGAACAAUUUGAUUGAUCGAAUUCAAGAUAAGUUUCUGAAGGGUUUACACAAUUUAGAAAAUCUAGAUGUAAGUAACAAUCAAUUGAUGGACAUUAAUACAAGAACAUGGGCAAAUCUAUAUAACUUGCGUCAUCUUAACUUGUUCAACAACAAAAUUACAUCCAUACAGACAGGAACAUUUGCAGGCUUGCCCCAACUAGAGCUACUCAACUGUUCCCACAACGAAAUUAUCGAAAUAACUAUCACUGGUGUAUUCUCUUUGCACAGCUUACAUGCCCUAGACCUUUCCUACAACAAUCUUACCGAUUUCGACUACGUAGGGCUUAUUUCUAGGCUUCCCAGGCUCUCUUAUCUACAAUUAGAAAACAAUAAGUUGCCUUGUCCUUUAGAAGAUGAGAUGGAAAGAUAUUUCGCAGAAGACAACUUUAAAUAUAUACUCUACGAUCCCAAAGUAGGCUCCUUCAAGUGUGUUGACACACCAAUCAAAAGUUCACUGAAAGCGGUCCAUGAUGUGGUCGGUUCUGCGCAGCCAGUCUCAGCAAGAGUCACGGGUGCAGAAGUUACCAUCAUUGUUCUCAUGUGUGUAGUGUUUGUUAUAUGGACAUGUAUCAUCCUCGUUCACUCCACAUAUUCACUAUCUUCAUGGCCUAAUCACAUGUCAUGCGUUUAUGGACCAAGAGGCUCACUUACUGCAAAAUGUUUUAACGCCACGGCAUAUUACUUCAAACUAACCUCAUAUAGGUUCGAUUACCUGGAUGAGACGUUGCAAUGCAUCAACUGUUCUUUAAAAUCUUUGGAGCAAGGCACUUUCGAUAUUCCUGGUAACGAAAUCAAAACACUGGAUAUCAGGAACAGCAGUAUUGAGAAAAUCUGGCCCAAAGCGUUCAUAGGAAUGAUUUAUAUGGAGCAGCUUCUACUGGCUCACAACCCAAUUGAAGCGGUCUAUCCAGAAGCAUUUUUAGGUGUAAGAAAAGUUAAGUACCUUGAUAUGGAGGACACUGUCAAUCAUCUAGAACCUAAAGUUUUCCAAGACCUUUAUCUUCUGGAAGUUUUAAUUUUAAGAAAUAACAAAUUGCAAGAAAUCAAAGCUGGUACCUUCGAUGGUUUGCAUAAUUUAAGAAUCUUAGAUUUAAGUGACAAUGCAUUAAAACACGUUAACAAUAGUUUUGAUGAUUUAGUUAACCUCAAGAUUCUUAAACUUAAGAACAAUUUUAUAAAAACUGUUUAUGGGGAUGAGUUUAACCACUUAAAGACAUUACUUUUACUAAACUUAGAAUCGAACAAUAUGUACACUUUUACUACUAAUUUAGGUCCAGAAAAUCAGCUUAGAACACUUUCUUUGGCUAAUAACUUCCUCAAUGGUAAAAGCUUUAGACCUGGUACAUUCAAUAAUUUAAAUUUUUUGGAAGAGCUGGACUUGAGCAAUAACAACUUUAAUAAUUUAACAGUAAAAUUGUUUCAAGGUUUGUUUAGGUUAAGAAUUUUAAAUUUAAAUGACAACGGAUUGACCACAAUCAAUACUGGUACUUUCUCUGGUUUGCCUCAUCUACGAGUGCUCAACAUAUCGAGGAAUAAUAUACACACUCUAAAAGUUACAGGAAGAUUUUCUUUACCCAGCCUAAUGAGCCUAGAUGUUUCGAAUAACAAUAUAAAUGACUUGGACUAUAUGAGCUUAAUUAUGAGAGUACCUUCCCUCAAACAUAUUGAUCUAAUGUACAAUAGACUUUCCUGCAAAACAAUAUCUCAGUUGGAAGCUCUACUAGAAAGCGAUGGAGUCACUUAUCUUAUAUCUGACAUUCCAGAGUCAGUGUCAUGUCCUAAGCUAGAUAAAGCCUCCGCCUCGCAGCUAGUUCAGGAGUUUGCUGAAAAGUUGGAGUACCAGUACAUCAACAAUACGUUGCUCAUAUGGAUGUUUAUUUUAAUAACCAUUGUGAUAUUGCUUAUAGGCGUGCUAUUUUAUGUACAGUUCUUUAUAGUCUUUAGGAUGGGUGAAAGAUCUUAUAAAAAUAUUAGAAUUUUAAGUAAUCUAGGAAUUAGACGUAAUGAAGAUCGUGUUUAGUGUUUACGUGACGAUUUAAUACAUUUUUGGUAUUUUGUUUUUAUAUUUAUUGUAUUAAAUAUGAUGAAAAUAAAGUUUAUUAUAAUUUGUCA